GCCCACAGGGUGCAGGUUGCUUGCUUACAGGGCGCAGUAACCGCCGCUUGGGCGGCGCGUGGCGUGGUACGUGUACCCCGCAAGCCCUGGCCACUGCAGCCCGUAUACCUCACUAAUCAGCCGUCGACGAAAGUAGAGAACGCCGACACGGAAACCGCUAAACCGCAGCAGGCCCGUUGGUCGCACGACGAGUCCUGAGCUAGGAGUUAGGACGCUCUCAUGCACGUUCGUAGUGCCUAACAUCGCAGAUUGACGGCGCUAUCACUUCUCCUUCAUACUAAAUCAUCUGCAGUCACACGCAAUUACUCGCAGCUGGCUGAACGUAAGUCACGUUUAUUUCGCCCAACAGCUUCAGGAAGCGGUAGGCGGCACACAAGUUGGGGGUAGCUGACCACAUACAAUGUCUUGGUUACGACCGGCUUCUUCAUAAAACAUUUGCUGCGGACGUGGUGAGAGGGUGCGAACUCGCUCCAGGUUUCCACGCAGCCUCCACUCAAGGACUACGUGGCUGCUGGUAGCACCUGUCCUAUGACUGCAAUGAGCCAAGGACAUAAUAUGUUCGAGGGCGAGGCGUCACCAGCGGGGGCGCAGAAUGCAUUUUUGUCAGAGCGGCUGGUGCAAAUUCAGGCUGUGUACCACGCCCAGCUGAAGAUGUCCCAGGAUUUGUCACAGCGCCUGGACACCAUGGCGUCGCAGGCCGUCACAAUGCAAGGCGUUCUGGUGCAAGCCCUGGAGAAACUCGGCUCGGGCAAGCGGCAGCGCGUCGACUCGCCGCGGCAGCGACAGUCGCCGUUCACGGUACAGCUUGGUACUGCGCCAAGCCUGACCGGUUGCACGACGGCGACCGUCGAUGCCAAGCUGCUGCCCGACCUGCCGUCAUCCACCUCGUCGCUUCACGUUGGCGCCUGCCAGCAGCUCACCGCAACCUCCAGCGGCUCCUUGAGCUGGGGUGCACCCUGCGCUGCCGCCACAACCGAUUCCGGCAGCGAUGGCGGCUGCGGCGCCGGCGCGGCCAGCAACGCGGCGCCCACCACGGUCGCCAGCAUGGGGCUCCACUGCUAUUCGCCACCGAACCAGAUCCAAUCGCAGCAGCCGCAGCUAGACCGGCAACAGCCGCGGCCGCAGCCGCACCAGCAGCGGCCGCAGCAGCAGCAGGCGGCAGCGCCCUGCGGUAGCUGGACCGGCAUGUGCGCCGCCCCGCCGGUGGAGCGGCAGCUCAGCUCGGCUACGUUUUAUGGCGGUGCAGCGGUGGAUAGCCGCGCCGCGGUGAUGGGGGCCCUGCAUUCCACGCCAGCCCUACCCGCGGCACCCGCCGCCGGCAGCUGCUCUCCUGCCACCAGCCCCUGCAGCCCGCAAAUGCCAGCGUCACGGUGCAACUCGGGCUGCACCUCCGAUGGCACCAAGGCCCCCAGCCCUUUAAAGCCCUUGCAGACGCAGCAGACACCGGUGCCCCACGGACUUUGCGCAUACAGCAGUGGCAACGCUGAGUUUUCUCCGCUGGCGCCGCGUGCUCCAACCAUGUCGGGUCUGCUGCCCCUGCCUAUGCUGCGCCCGCUGUCUGCGGCGGCGGCGGCGGGAGCCCUGGGGCCGUCAGGCGGCAGCGGCGGCGCGUUCAAGGCCUACCCGGCAGGCACCUGCAGUGGCAGCAUGGGCGGCAUUCCUACCGUCACCAACCUCACCGCCGCCCGCAACCGCAACGACCCGCCCAAGCGCAAGGCAGACGCGCCGCUUGCGGAGCCGGAGCCGCCCGCUGCUGCGCUGGUGCCGCUGCCACAGCUGCUGGCGCUCCACCGACAGCCAUCGAUGCAGCAGGCGGCAUUGUCACCGGUGGCGGCCGCGGCCGCCACUGGGGAUGAUGGCUCCUCGUCAUUGGCGCUCAGCCUUGCCACUGCGGCCACAGCCGAGAUGCAGCGGCAGCUGGAGGAGACGCAGCAGGAGAACGAGCGCCUGAUGCGGCAGCAGGAGCUGCACCAGCAGCAGCUGCAGGUCCUGCGGGAGCAGCAGCGCCAGCGCAACGCGGCCGCAACGGCGCAGACGCAGCGCAACAGCAGCCACGGCGGUCUGAAGCAGGGCGCCAAGAAGGAUGCACGCAGCAGCACCAGCAGUGCUGCCAGCACGAGCAAGGGCGGCAAGGGCCGGGCGGCGCCCGGAGCGCAACGGCAGCAGCAGCAGCAGGGCGUGGGCCCGCGCGGGACCAUCACCGCCAUGCACCACCCCGCCACCUUCAGCCCUGCUUACUUCUCGAACCCGCAUGUGCUGAUGCAGCUGCAAACCCAGCAACAGCAGCAGAGCGCCUUUGCCGGCAGUGCGGCGCCACGGAUGGCGGACGCAGCGUGCCACCAGGGCCGUAGCGCCAACAAUUGGGAGCCACCGCCGGUCGCCGGCGCAGCCGUGACUGUGGCCUCGCCGCUUUCUCGGUUUGCUUCCGGCGAGCUCAACCGCACCUCAAGCUUGGGCCUGGUCAUGGCCCCUGCCGUCAGCCGUGUUGUGCCUGCACCAUCUGCCGUCCCAGUCGCGGCCUUCGCCACCACUUCGCCAUCGAACAUGAUGCCGGGUGCCGCGCCACCGGUUGCAGCGCCGGCGGCCGAUGUGCCGGGCGCCGCCGCCUCGCUCGUUGCCACCGGCGGCAUGCAGGGCACGGCGGUAGCGGCGGCUGUUCCCUCGCUCACCCCGGCGGCCGCCGCGGAGCUACAGCAGAGCACCGCCGCCGCCUCGCUGCGCCACCUGCAGCAGCUGCAGCAGCAGAUCGCGGAGCUGCAGCAGCAGAUUGCGCAGCAGGCGGCGGCACACGUGCAGCAGCAGGCGCUGCAGCAGCAACCCCAGCCAUUGCAGUACGCAGCCACACAGGCACUACUGCCGCAGUACGUCCCUGCACAGGCGCAGUACGUGUCGGCCCAGCCGCAGCCGCUACAGCAGCAGCUGAUGCAGCCGCUUCAACAGCAGCAGCAGCAACCGCAGCCGCUGGCCCAGCAGCAGACUCAGCAGCAGGUCCCCAAUGGGGGCUGGGGCCACUGCUUUGUGAUGGACGAGGCCGUGGAGGCGGACGCGGCGGCGGAGGUGCUGGGGCUUGGCCUGUUCAUGGACGUCUAGGCGAUGCGGUGGGCACCGCCUAGACAGACCCUCACAGCCAGUGCCGAUGGCCGCCACGCGUGUGGGCUAGCCGGUUAUGUUGGAGCAGCAGAGAAUGUGGUUGGGCACUGGCAUGCACAAGGUAUGGUCAUGGCUACCAGCACGGAAGUAAGAGAGGGUAACCCUUUCAAUCAAGCAUCUCAGCUGCAUCGGCCUCUGGAAGAGCGCGGGAUGUCCUUGGGGCGCCAUGCAGGUUUCUGGACACGAGUUGCGUUUGUUGACACAGCCCACUUGUGGGCUUUUUGGCGAUCUUUACUACGCAGUGGCCAGCGGUGGCGCAGGUGCAACGACUUGUGCACGGGGAACACGUGCGGGAAGUCUGGUGUGACAGCAAGGUACACGUAGGCCGCCUUGGCCACCGAAUUUGAAUGCUGCAUCAUGGCUCUGACAUGCAUCUUGAGCCGGAGCCUGGGAGUUGACUAGCGACUUAAAGCGCCCGGGCCGAGCAGGAGUUUCCGCGCCGUGGUGUAGUCGCGAAGGUCUUUGCGCGCCUUUCUGGGCAAGCGACGGCCUCGAAGGGUGCCCAACAGAUGGCACAGCCGGCACUUUCUACGUUGCUCGUGCUGCUGUAGCGACGUCGUGCCGUGCACCAGAAUGCAGGUGGACUUAAGUACAUGCCUGCGUGUGUUCCUGUUGUCCAGUCCUGUUGAUUAGGGCCAUGUCAUGCAGGGCAGGCCUCGCGUCGUAACCACUUAGGAGAAUGCCCUUGCGAAGUGCAAACGUUUAUUGCAUUAUAUGUGUGCGGUUGUGCUUUCCUGCUACCCUGUAUCAUAUUUUUGCGGAGCGGGGCAUUAUGUACGAGCCUCCGCUAGGCGAGCCGGGUCACUGCCAAUGUACUGCUUUUGGGUGGACACUGACUGGCACCGCGGACCAAAUAGGUCGCACAGGCCAGACCUACACUAGCAUUCGUGGGAUGGUUUAUCACGUCGGCCGCACCGUGCUCGGUCCUUCGUACGCUCGCAGGUUGCGUGAGGGCGAGAGAUGCAGCAAGUGCGCGUGAGGGCCGGGAGUGGAUCUGAGGUGACAUUGCAACGCUUUCAUCUUGGGACGCAAGCUCACGUGGUGCGAAGUUCGUCUCAAGGCUACAUGUGACUUCUGCUGUGCGUGGGCAAUGGGGGUGUAGCAAGCCAAGCACGGUUAUCCUCCUGCUAGUUUGAGCAGGCCCGCGCAGGAGGCGAAAACAAAACAGGGUGGGGGGCGCGUAGUGCACUUGUUACUGAAGAUUGUGUGGACUCGUUUUCGGGGACGAUAAGCAUGCUCAUGAUCCUAGCAAGCCUAUCCUCCUGCUUGUUUGAACAGGCCCGCGCAGGAGGCGAUAACAAAACAUUGAAGUUUGGAAAGGGUCAUUGUUAAAUCAACGCUCUGAGACAACGUAAGGUGGCGAGGCAUUGAGCAGGAGCUUGGCUCCAGGACGAUCCCACAAGCGAGGCCAUGGAUUGACACGAACAAGAGCCUGCUCAAAAUCACAUAUCAAUAUUUGGGUACUGCUGGUACGUACGGACAAGCUCACGGCGCAUACUGCUUCCAGCCGGCGCUCGUCGCGUGCGCGUUGGGAUUUGGCAGCAGCGCCUGCGGGGCGGUGGUUCAUUCAUAGCAAUUCAGAGCUUGGUUUGCCGCGAUGGAACUGCGUUCGUGACUCCCAUGGUGGUGCGGGGGGUAAAUUCGCUUAAUCUCGUUGUUGUUGUUGUGUACGGUAUGCGUGGUGGCAUGUACGUACAGCGUACAGCCUGCGCAGUCCAUGCCUGCUCUGCGCGUGGGCGGGAAUAUGCAUUGAAUUUGCUCGCGUGUGGCAGCGGGACGUCAGGACGACGUCUGCUGUAUGUAUGAGGCCGCACUGUGUGGGGGGCGGAAUCAAGGCAUGCAAACGUGUUGGCGCUAGCUGUUUGCGCCUGUUGUGUGGACCAUCCCAUAACGUUGGGCCGUAUCGAGGUGUCAUGCGUUCGAUGGUGAUGGGCGCGGGCUGUUGAGUGCAGAUGGCGCCGACACCCGCCCCUUCAACCGCCACACCGGGCGUAGGGUGGUUGCCUUACGGUAGAAGUGCAGCCUGUGUGCGAGUUCGUUUUUGCCAGAAAACAUAGCAUACUGGCGCAAACCGCGGCUGCUACGUAUUAGUAUGUGUUAAUGCCUAUUGCAUGUAAAUAGGUGGCAGGGAAAAUUCGGGCGGAGCGAGAAGUGCCUUCGCACGUCCAUGGACAAUUGACUUUCGCGAGGUUGCCCGAAAAGCAAGCCAUGGCUUUGCGCAGUAUGACUUCUGUACGUCGUAAAUGUGCUACAAAGACACAGCAGACGGCGAGCCGUCAUAAAGAGC